ACGGUGGCGGCGCGCUCCCGUGAACUGAUUCAUUGUAUCAGCCCGAGAGACGAGAGGAAGCAGCGAGCGACUGGGCAGACUGGAGAGCCGCUUAGCGUCGAGAAAUACUGAAAAACCCGACCGCUUGGCACGUAAACUGAAGGGAUGGCAGCCAUCCGUAAGAAGCUGGUGAUCGUUGGGGAUGGAGCUUGUGGAAAGACUUGCCUUCUCAUCGUCUUCAGCAAGGACCAGUUCCCCGAGGUCUACGUUCCCACGGUGUUUGAGAACUACGUCGCUGACAUCGAGGUGGACGGCAAACAGGUGGAGUUGGCCCUGUGGGACACAGCUGGUCAGGAGGACUACGACAGGCUGAGGCCCCUCUCCUACCCAGACACUGACGUCAUCCUCAUGUGUUUCUCCAUAGACAGCCCUGACAGCUUGGAAAACAUUCCUGAAAAAUGGACCCCGGAGGUCAAACACUUCUGCCCAAACGUCCCCAUAAUCCUAGUAGGAAACAAGAAAGAUCUACGUAAUGACGAUCACACACGUCGAGAGCUGGCCAAGAUGAAACAGGAACCAGUGAAGUCAGAAGAAGGCCGGGAAAUGGCCGGCCGCAUCACAGCUUUCGGUUACAUGGAGUGCUCCGCAAAGACCAAGGAUGGCGUCCGGGAGGUUUUCGAGAUGGCCACCAGGGCGGCGCUGCAGGCCCGUCGCGGGAAGAAGAGCAAUAAAUGUGCACUGCUGUAAAACGGCAGACAUAUUUGGACAGUUUUUCGUCCUGGGCUGUUACACCCAGGGAUAGGGCUCAGUGGGGGAAGGAGGGAUUACUAGAACGAGAGGGAGGGACGGGGAAGAAAAGACUGCAGUACAUGACUACCGCUGUAAACUGGCUGUUUGUUGGACUCUAUUUACCCUGGGACGUGGCUUUAGGAAGGAGGGAGCACAGUAAACGACUACCGCUGUAAGCCAUCAGGCUCUUCACCUGUGUGCAUUUCAUUGGGGCGGGAGAUUUACACCAGCUACCAGCCAAGAGUUGGUUCUAUUUGGUCUCUUUUUUUUUUUUUUUUUUUUUUUUUGGCUAGCCACUGACACUGAUUGACAAAUCCCAGUCCACUGUUAAAUUCAGACUGGUAAAUCAUUGUUUUGAGGAAGUGUUUGUUUGUUUUAUUCUGGAGUUGGGGCUGAAGUUGGAUCCCCACAGAGAUUUCUUUAACGAAGCAGACGCCAAACCAGAGCAGCAUCUUAGCUCGGCCUUCUCUAGCUGCUUUCUGAACGCCGUGAGCAGAUCGCUCUGCCGUUUGCAAUAGUAGGCAAAUUUUAAGCGAAUUCUUAAUAAUUAUCCCAAAAGUAGCCUUCCAGCGGCUAUAAUUUAUCUGUAUGAUGCGGAGCGAGCUGGGCUGACGUGUGGCGUGGCUCAACACCUCUGCGCCGCUCGUCUCUCGCCGUGUCUAAUCCUUACAGACGCUUACAGACUCCUAGAGACAAAGGCUGAGAUAAUCCACCGGUCAGCCGGUCUGGAGCGCUUCAUCAGGAAAUAGUGUUGCUCAUAGAUUUAAAUUUGCGCUCUGGUCAAAAGGAUGACUGGGAAAAGGUGUCGGUUGGAGGCGACUAAAGCGGCUGGCCUACUCUGCUCCUGGUGCAGCAGCUCUGAGGAGGCGUUCAGCCGUCAUUUGCAUGCUCUCUUUACAUUUGAAUCAGUGGAAGUGGCAGAGGACUCGUGGUCCCGCCGGACGACAAAGGUAGCUUCCUGCCCUACACAGCGACGCUCGGCCAGCUCCGAUCCCUUCCUGUUCCACUAAGCUGAACGCUGGUGCUCACCUUGCCCGGAGUUUAGACCAGGACAAAGAACAGGGGUUGGUAGUGGUGGGGGGGGGGGUUGUUUACAUGCACAAAAACUGAUCCUCUUGUUUGGGAUGAACAACGUAAUCCUUCUGAUUUUAGGAAAAAGGUUGAAUAUGCGGUUCUAAUUGGUUUUUGAGAGGAAAGUAAAGCGCCUCUGGUGGAGAGCUAGCUACGCGUUUUGAGUUCUGCUGGUAAACCGCUUCCAUGCGCUUUAUCUGUGAAGCAGAUCAAUAAAAAAAAAAACUUUAAUCUGAAAAGGUUUUUACAUGGGAGAGUCCGACUCACCGGGUUGGUCGGCCAGAUGGGUUUUGUGCAGGUAAUCUUAGUUGCUGUCCAGUUAGAGGAUUGAUCUCCUGCUGUUCAUUUUAAAAUACUUUAAAGACCCUUUUUCUUAAAAGAUGUACGGCCAGUCUAUAUUUGGGUUUAUUUUUAUUUUUUCCAGUUUUUAACCUGGCAGAUUCGGGGUCUCUUGGCAGCAUUCUGCCCUCCUGUUCUUCUUCCUGGCCUACUGGGUGGAGCCUGUUCCUGAAACCAGUCUUGUGUUCGUAUUUUAUUUCCAGCUUCUUCUUCUUUUUUUAUUUUUUUUUUUUAAGUCAUAAACAUGUCUGUCAGUAUUUAAUAAAAAAAAUAGGAGGUGGAAAUCUAUGGAAUUACUCGUGUUGUUGCUUUUAGUUUCUUUUUGUUUUGUUUCCCCCUUUGUUGGCGCUUUUAGCGAAAUGUUUCUGAUGACUUUCAUUUGGUUGUAAGAAGCCGUCGAUCAUCCCUGCCAAACGCUGUCGUUAGGCCGUCAGGAGAAAGGGUGGCCUCUCCGCUGCCUGUCUGGAGCAUCAGGGCCACGAGUGCUGGCUUUUUUUUCUUUGUUUUGCACACAAACCUGGCUGAAAAGAGGAUGGGAGGGGGGGUAAAUGGGCUUUGAGUCGCAUAAUGUACAAAUCAUUUUUCUUUUUUUUUUUUCUUUUUUAGAUUUUACUCUUGAUUCUUAAAUCCUGAUUUUUGGAUGCUGAAGCAGUGACGUAAACAAAGGAACAGGAAAACCACGCUGUAUGCAAAAGUCUGUAAAUAUGAGAUGUGGAGUUUGUUCAUACUAGACUAUACACUCGCACAUGACUGGAAACUGUAUUUGUAAACUAGCUUUGGUUUGAGUAAUAAAUUACUUUCUAUAACACCCAUCUUAUGCUCAUUGUGGUUUUAAGGGUCUUCACGUGUGAAUAAUAAAUCGUGACAGGAA